CCCCACAAAAUUUCAGUUGGUUUGAAACCAUUCGAUCUUCUUUCUUUGUCCUGUCUUCGAUAUUAAUUUUUUCCCACACUUUACAUCUAUUGGAAAAAGGAGGAGAGAAAUCUGAGGCACAAGAGAAAUACAGAGGAAAAAAAAAAAAGAUUAGGCAAUGGCUAGCAUGGCGUCAGCUGCCUCAGGGUUCGUGCUAACACCAAGUGUGGCGACCACAACGGGCGCCGCCGUUUCGAGCAGAAACAGCGUGUCGUUUUUCCAUUUAAAGAACAACGGCAACAACGGCAGAAGCAGUUCGGUUUCAAGGCUUGUCGUGAGAGCCGCCGAGGAAGGGGCGGCGCCGCCGGCUGCCACGAAGCCCGCUCCGGAAGGUGAAGCUCCCAAGCCCAAGCCUGAGCCAAUUGGACCCAAGAGAGGCACCAAGGUUAGGAUUCUCAGAAGGGAGUCCUACUGGUACAAGGACGUUGGAUCUGUUGUAGCUGUUGACCAGGACCCAAAGAGCCGUUAUCCAGUUGUGGUUCGAUUCAGCAAGGUUAACUACGCCAGUGUAUCUACGAAUAACUAUGCAUUGGACGAGAUCGUGGAAGUUAAAUGAGUUUUUCAUUUGGGAAUGUAAAUUGUAAUCCUCAGUUCUCUUACUAUAUUCCAGUCUCUUAUCUUGUUCUUGCCAUGAAUGUGUAUCAUACUUUGAUUCCGUUGCUCCUUUCUUCCUUUCUUCCAAGUUAAUGAGAGUAUUGCUUAAAAAUCCAACUCAUGAAUA